GCGGCCGAGUGAGGGGACCCGGUUCGGCAACUGGAGCAUGGCCGACCAGAUACCUCUGUACCCGGUGCGCAGCGCCGCGGCGGCCGCCGCAGCCAACCGCAAACGCGCGGCCUACUACAGUGUCGCGGGGCCCGGGCCGGGGGCCGCCCGGCACAGCAGGUACCAGCUGGAGGAUGAGUCUGCCCAUUUGGACGAGAUGCCACUGAUGAUGUCUGAAGAAGGCUUUGAGAAUGACGAAAGUGAUUACCACACGUUACCACGAGCUAGGGUCACGCAGAGAAAAAGAGGACUGGAGUGGUUUGUCUGUGGUGGCUGGAAAUUCCUCUGUGCCAGUUGCUGUGAUUGGCUGAUAAAUAUUUGUCAAAGAAAGAAAGAACUGAAAGCUCGCACGGUAUGGCUUGGAUGUCCUGAAAAGUGUGAAGAAAAACAUCCCAGGAAUUCUAUAAAAAAUCAGAAAUACAAUGUGUUUACCUUUAUCCCUGGGGUUUUAUAUGAACAAUUCAAGUUUUUCUUGAAUCUCUAUUUUCUGGUAGUAUCCUGCUCACAAUUUGUACCAGCAUUGAAAAUAGGCUAUCUCUACACCUACUGGGCUCCUCUGGGAUUUGUCUUGGCUGUUAUUAUCAUUCGGGAAGCAAUUGAUGAGUUUCGGCGUUUUCAGCGAGACAAGGAAGUAAACUCACAGCUGUAUAGCAAGCUCACAGUGAGAGGUCAAGUGCAAGUUAAGAGUUCAGACAUACAAGUUGGAGACCUCAUCAUAGUGGAAAAGAAUCAAAGAAUUCCAUCAGACAUGGUGUUUCUUAGGACUUCAGAAAAAGCAGGUUCAUGUUUUAUUCGAACGGAUCAACUAGAUGGUGAAACCGACUGGAAGCUGAAGGUGGCCGUGAGCUGCACACAGCGCCUGCCGGCUCUGGGGGAUCUUUUUUCUAUCAGUGCUUAUGUUUACGCUCAGAAGCCACAACUGGAUAUUCAUAGCUUUGAAGGCACAUUUACUAGGGAAGAUAGUGACCCGCCCAUUCAUGAAAGUCUCAGCAUAGAAAAUACGCUGUGGGCAAGCACCGUGGUUGCGUCAGGUACUGUGAUAGGUGUUGUCAUUUACACUGGAAAGGAGACUCGAAGUGUUAUGAACACAUCCAAUCCGAAAAAUAAGGUUGGUCUGUUGGAUCUUGAACUCAACCAGCUGACGAAGGCGCUAUUUUUGGCAUUAGUUGCUCUCUCAGUUGUCAUGGUAACCUUACAAGGAUUUGUAGGCCCGUGGUAUCGCAAUCUUUUUCGGUUCCUUCUUCUCUUUUCCUACAUUAUUCCCAUAAGUUUGCGUGUGAACUUGGACAUGGGCAAAGCAGCCUAUGGAUGGAUGAUAAUGAGAGAUGAGAAUAUCCCUGGCACAGUUGUCCGGACCAGCACGAUACCAGAGGAGCUGGGGCGCCUGGUGUAUUUACUGACAGAUAAAACAGGGACCCUCACUCGGAACGAGAUGGUAUUUAAGCGUCUCCAUCUGGGCACCGUGUCCUAUGGGACUGACACCAUGGAUGAGAUCCAGAGCCACAUCAUGAGCUCUUACUCACAGAUGCAUUCUCAAGCUGGUGGACAUAAUACCAGUUCAACUCCACCAAGAAAAGCCCCGUCUGCAGCUCCCAAAGUCAGGAAAAGCGUCAGCAGCCGAAUCCACGAGGCAGUGAAGGCCAUCGCGCUGUGCCACAACGUCACUCCGGUGUACGAGUCUCAGGCCGGUGUCGCUGGGGAGACGGAGGUUGCCGAGGCCGAUCAGGACUUCAGUGAUGAGAACCGGACCUACCAGGCCUCCAGCCCCGACGAGGUCGCCCUGGUACAGUGGACAGAGAGCGUGGGCCUCACCCUGGUCAGCAGAGACCUCACCACCAUGCAGCUAAAGACCCCUGGCGGCCAGAUCCUCACCUUUCGCAUCCUCCAGAUGUUCCCCUUCACCUCCGAGAGCAAGCGCAUGGGUGUCAUCCUCAGGGAUGAGUCCACAGCAGAAAUCACAUUUUACAUGAAAGGUGCGGACGUGGCAAUGUCCACCAUUGUGCAGUAUAAUGAUUGGCUGGAAGAGGAGUGUGGCAACAUGGCUCGGGAAGGGCUGCGGACACUCGUGGUUGCCAGGAGGUCGCUGACGGAGGAGCAGUACCAGGACUUUGAGAGCCGAUACAGCCAGGCCAAGCUGAGUCUCCACGAUAGGACUCUCAAGGUAGCUGCGGUGGUCGAGAGCUUGGAGCGGGAGAUGGAGCUGCUGUGCCUCACGGGUGUGGAAGAUCAGCUUCAGGCAGAUGUGCGGCCGACCCUGGAGAUGCUCCGCAAUGCGGGCAUCAAGAUAUGGAUGCUAACAGGCGAUAAGCUCGAGACAGCUACUUGCAUUGCCAAAAGUUCACAUUUGGUGUCCAGAGCACAAGACAUUCAUAUUUUCAGACAAGUAACUAGUCGGGGAGAGGCCCACUUAGAGCUGAAUGCACUUAGGAGGAAGCAUGAUUGUGCACUGGUCAUCUCUGGGGACUCUCUGGAGGUGUGCCUAAAGUAUUACGAGCAUGAGUUUGUGGAGCUGGCCUGCCAGUGCCCCGCCGUGGUGUGCUGCCGCUGCUCGCCCACACAGAAGGCGCACAUCGUGACCCUGCUGCAGCAGCGCACGGGGAGGCGCACCUGUGCCAUCGGUGACGGAGGAAAUGAUGUGAGCAUGAUUCAGGCGGCCGACUGUGGGAUUGGGAUUGAAGGGAAGGAAGGGAAACAGGCAUCUCUGGCAGCUGACUUCUCCAUCACGCAGUUUAGACACGUGGGCAGGCUGCUUGUGGUGCACGGACGUAACAGCUACAAGAGGUCUGCGGCGCUGGGACAGCUGGUCAUGCACCGAGGCCUGGUCAUCUCCACCAUGCAGGCCGUGUUCUCUUCCGUCUUCUACUUUGCCUCGGUGCCUCUGUACCAGGGAUUCCUCAUGGUGGGGUAUGCGACUGUAUAUACCAUGUUCCCCGUGUUCUCCCUGGUGCUAGACCAGGAUGUGAAGCCCGAGAUGGCCAUGCUGUACCCGGAGCUGUACAAAGACCUCACCAAGGGAAGAGCCUUGUCCUUCAAGACCUUCCUCAUCUGGGUCCUGAUCAGUAUUUACCAAGGUGGCAUUCUCAUGUAUGGGGCCCUGCUGCUCUUCGAGUCUGAGUUUGUCCACGUCGUGGCCAUCUCCUUCACGGCUCUGAUCCUGACCGAGCUGCUCAUGGUGGCGCUGACCGUCAGGACAUGGCACUGGCUGAUGGUGGUGGCCGAGUUCCUCAGCCUGGGCUGCUACGUGGCCUCGCUUGUUUUUCUAAAUGAAUAUUUUGGUAUAGGCAGAGUAUCUUUUGGAGCUUUCUUAGAUGUUGCCUUUAUCACCACUGUGACCUUCCUGUGGAAAGUGUCGGCGAUCACUGUGGUCAGCUGCCUCCCACUGUAUGUCCUCAAGUAUCUGAAGCGCAAGCUAUCCCCUCCCAGCUACUGCAAGCUGGCCUCCUGAGGCUGGCCAUGGACCUGCCACGCCCCCAGGAGGCUGCUGGAGGAGGAGCAUGGGAAGGACACCCGAGCCAGGAGCCUGACAGAUGCAACAGGGGCAGCUGCCCUGUUGAGGGCCUGGCCUGCUUUUCUUUUCUAUUGUUUUUUAGAAUUUAAUUUUCAUUUUGAAGCAGCCUGAGCUUCUAUUGCGGAAGAUCCCUAAUUAUUUCACUAUUGCUGGGAAGGUGUUCUGAAAAUGGAAAUGAAAUUUAAUUUCUGAAGUUUCCUGGCAUUCAAGUUCUUUCUUUGAUGUCCUGACAUAGAAGAUCCUGCUUCGGCAUAAUAAAGUCUAGAUGCUGUGGAGGCAGCAUCUGCGCUGGCUGCCGUCCCUCGGACGUCAGUGUCCACUCCCUGGGAAGGCCUCUGGGUGACCCCGCCCCCCCCCGGCCCUUUGCCAGUCCUCUUUUUCUCUGUAAUCACAUUUCACCUUUCUGGAGAAAUUCACAAGUUUUCAAGUUCUUACCAAAGAGCUGUCCACUUCUCACACACUAAAGACAAGUUGAACAAACAGCAGCAUUUCUGGAUGUGAACUGCCUGCAGCUCACCAGUGUUAACACAGUGCAGCCAAGGUUCCUGAAGUCUCUGUAGCAUAGUCACACUCACACACCACCUUGACAGAAACCAAUACGAAACACGUCCCCAAAGAUGGGGCUCUGACCUCGUGACGCUUGGUUAUAAACGCACAAGUUGACGUUAUGACAGGAAGGGCCCUUCACCUGCUGAGCUGUGACGGUGCCUCUGGGAUGCGCUGUGUCGCUUGGGGGUUUCAGUCGUGAGCGUCCUCGUGAUGACCCACAGUGGUGCCUAUGUCGGGGUUUCUUCUGUUUCCUAAGACACGGUGCUGUGUGUGUGUUGUUCAAUGCCACUGUCCUCUGUGGGCUCCUCUGGGGGGGACUUCUGAUCCAAGGGAAUUAAGGAAUCACCCCAAUAAAAGCAAUAAAGCUUCA